CGAAGCCCACAAUCCGUAAUCACUCCGGAAUUUGUCUCUUCCACUUAUUAUUAUUAUUAACAACUCGACAACUCACUCCCCAACCUUCAAUCCUCAAUUCUUCUCCCCAGAUCAUACUAACCGAAGGGAAUUGUCAUACAUACAUUUCGUUUUCAAGUGAAUCACAUAUCCGAUCAUUCACUUCGAAUCCGCAGACCCACGAGAUAGUCCAUUCAAUCUAGUCCCUUUUUUCAGAUCGGGCGCAAUUCGGAGAACAAAGAAAAGAAUUCGAAUAACUUUUUCAUCACCUCCCACCUUCCAACCCUUCCAAGAACUUCCAUCGAACGAUUUUAUCUGCAACAUCAAUAUCAUAGAGACGAAAGGGCUACGAAAGUCACUCCAUAUUCUCGAAUACAUACUUCAGGAUGGCAUACAAUGGUCGGCGGGGUCCGAAUGUAUCGGAAUACAUCGCGAAUCUCAACGCAAUCCCAACACCACAAGACUUACACAAUUCCAAUCAGGAUCCAUACAAUGUAGAUGACGAAUUGGCUAUGUUCACGAAUACCGAAUUUUACGACAUCGACUCAGUCUUGCAGACACCAAACUUCGAUGGAGUUGGGGCACAAUCUAAUGCGGAUAGUGUUGAUUUGGAUUUAAAGGACAUAGAUUUCAGUCUUCCAGGUGAUUUCAAUUUCUCAGACUUCAACACCUUCACCAACAACCACCCUACUAAUUUCGGUAAUCAUGAUGGCAUGCCUCCCGUAAUUCAUCCAAUUCAAACCAACCAUCAAAUCUACAAUCCUCCGCCGUCAUCCGCCGGCUCUCCUACAUCUGCCCUUGUUUCCCCUCAAGUUGGAGAAAAGCGCAAAGCUGAGUCUUUGUCCGAUGGACGAUCACCCGACUUUGAAGAUGCAUCACGCAUAGCUGCUGAAGAAGACAAACGUCGAAGAAAUACCGCCGCUUCAGCUCGCUUCCGAGUCAAGAAGAAGCAACGCGAGCAAGCUCUUGAACAAUCAGCGAAAGCUAUGAGCGAUAAAGUUGCAGCUUUGGAAGGACGCAUCAAUCAAUUAGAAACUGAGAACAAAUGGCUUAAGAAUUUGAUCACGGAGAAGAAUGAGAGUAAGGAGGAUAUUGCCGCCCUAUGGAAAAAGUACAACAAGGACUCUGGUGACAGGAAAGGCGCUGAACGCAAAGAUGGUGUGGGUACAGAAGCUUAAAUUGUCUUCUAAAGAUGAUUUUCUCGUUCAUUUGUGCUCGUACGUUUCUUGUUUGGUCUUGCGGUUUGCGUUUGCGCCAGUUUGCGCUUGAUUGAAUUCGCGCCAUGGUUGUUUCUGGGAGGUAAUUUUCACAAAUAUCCCAGCCUGGGAUUGAUACAUAUUUGAAUGUGUUGGUGGAAGAAGGUACGAUGCCAUGUGUUCAAUGAUGGAUGAUUGAAUGAUAGCGUAACUGGAGUUCCGGAUAGUGAAAUUUCUCCUGUUCUCAUCUUUCAAGUCUACUGGUAGAUUUACAGCCAACAUUCACA